AGAAGAGCACAAAAACAAAUAUGGCUGCUUCCAGGGACAGCUCACACGCUUCAGAGAAACGCGAUUUGUGGCGUGUUUGAGGUAAAACGUAUACGGAUAUUUUAAAUCCUUAUUAAAGCAGACGUGUGUAUUAAUAGCAGGAUGGCUACACCGGGGCAGAAAGCCACGAAAAAGGAGAAAAAGAAACCUCUCCCAGUGAAAACGUGCCUCGGCAACCCGUACGACUUAAAGUGGAAGCCGUUAGAGAAGGGCCAGGCCAGAUUCAUCCUGAAAACCGUGACCGAGAAACUCAGCUCGCUCGAUCUCCGGAAACAGCACGGAAAGGUUUUCCGCAAGUGGCGAAGAAAGCGCAAGGACAAGAAGGAAAACCAGGAAUCGAUGGACACCGCUGAACCGACACAGAAGUCGGAUGAACGAUGCUGGACCGAUAAGCGCCUGAGGAACGAGCUCGCCAUCGGCAUCAACGAGGUGACGAAAGGUCUGGAGAGGAACGAGCUCGGCCUGGUGCUCGUGUGCGACUCGGUGAAACCCGCUCACAUGACCAGCCACCUCAUAUCCCUGAGCCAAACCCGCGCGGUACCUGCGUGCCAGGUCCCGGGUCUGAGUGCGGGUCUCGCGGGAGCGCUCGGGCUCGGCAGCGUCCUCGCGCUCGGCUUUAAGCGGCAGAGUGGCACGUUCGCGGACACGGUGGAGGCCCUCGCGGCCAAAACGCCCCCGCUGGCUGUGGCUUGGGUGCCUCCAGGGGCCCGUGUGUCCAAAUCAAAACGGGUUGAAAUGUCAGAAGAAACCAAGCAGGAACAUGAGGAGGAGAAACUGGGUAGAGGGAGAAAAAGGAGACUGGAGGAUUGCCUUGAAGUUCAGGACCCGGUGAUUUCACUGCAACCUCUUAAAGUAAAGAAAAUUAUCCCAAAUCCUUUAAAAAUCCGUAAAACCAAGCAGAAGAAAGCAAAACAAAAGUGAGCACGUGGACAAACUGCAACAAUGCCCCCUUAUUCCCUUGAAACAUCUAAUGCAUGAUGGUCACAAUUUCAUUUUGCUCACAAAAGUGGUAAAGCAGGUGAAAAAAAUUACUGAAAUUGGUGCAGUUGAUUUUUUUUUUUUACAUGUCUCAUAAUUAAAGGCACCCCCUAACCAGUCCACCAUGCACAUCAUUACAUAUGGACCACUGGGUAAAUCAGUGGAGAGAUUGAGUAAAUGAGAGUUGUUACAGGUUUCAGAUGAUUUUUAUUUUAUUCAAAUUUAUCCAUGCUGGUAUUCAUUAAUGCAUCUUUCAUGAUCAGAUAUCUUGGUGGCCACCGUGUUUGACAUGGUGCUGGUAUACAAUUGAUCUUUUUCAGUUCGUUUCAUAGUUCACACAACCUGCAAAUGGAGUUUAAUAAAAAUCUUCAGAGAAA